GUGAUAGAUCAGUACAUACAGCCAGAGGAAGCAGUCAAAGCCUUAAAGAGAUGUUUGGUUGUCCCUUCUCCUCCUUCUCAAAACAGGGAAUACUACUUAUCCUACUCUCUAACCUCCACUAUGGUGUGGGUGUUUCUUCAUACCUGUCAUUCCACAAGACAGUAGGGAACUCUGUGGAGAUCCCUGCAGGCUUAGAGGGGCAUAAUAUCACCAUAAUGCAGUGGAAGUACAGAGGAAAGGAUAUUGCAGAAUUCAACUCAGAAGUUGUGUAUUCACGAGGAUCCCAGUUCGAGGGGAGACUAGAGAUGAAUGUCAUUAACUUCAGUUUAACAAUUAGGAAACUGACUCUGCAAGACUCAGGGAAAUUUCUAGUUACUGCUGAAACAGACGAGCAGAUUCCCACUAAGGCUGUCACUCUUCAGGUUCACGAACCUAUAUCGAAGAUGGUGAUCCAGACAGACAUCAAGCUAUUAGCCAACCACUCCUGUACGGUACGGCUGGUGUGCAACGUGUCCUGCUACCCCAACAUUACCUACACGUGGGAGAGAGACAAUGAGAUCUACGGUGACACCCAGCAGAUUCACUUCUCUCUAUCACCAGCAGAGGGAGACAUCAAUGUAAAGUGCAACGCCUCCAACCUCGUCAGUUGGAAAACUGCCUCUACGACAAUAAAGUGUAGUAAUGACACAACCACCCCAGGACAGGCAUGGUAUUCCAUCUACAUCGGAGUAUCAGUAGGAGGCGCUGUGGUGCUGAUCCUCACUGUAGCUGUGGCAGUGUGCUACUGCAGGAAACACCGUAACAAAGCAGAUCUAACUGACAACACAAUAUAUGCUGAUGUUAUGGACAACACAAUAAUUAGAGAUACAAGAUCAAACAGUCAUCUAAACCCAAUAUCCAUCUAUGAAACUGUCAAUGAUCUGGAUAUCCCAAGAUUGAACAAGCCGAAGACUCUGUAUGACAGGAUCACGUUUGGACGCCGGGAAGCCCACCCUUCUCCUUUCCAGGAAGUAUUGUGAACUGAACAGGCUGUGGUCACAGGCUGCGCCUUCCAUAGAUCAUGUGUUCCGGGAAAGAAUCAUGGCCAUAGAAGUGACCGUACCUUGGCAUCUCUCCGUCACAACCCUGGAGGCUUUAGAGAGCCCAUUGCUGGCAGUACAGGUGAAGGUGGCAUUUCUGUUGGAGCUAUAAGACGUCCAGACGACAGAGACGUUGGUGUUAGGAUUCCCCUUCCAGAAGGCAUCCUCAAACGCAGCCUCUGGUUCCCAGGAGAGGUGGGUGUCCUUCACUGAAGAGGAGCACUGAAGAGCCAUCACACAAUGGCUGUCCUUCAACAUGCUGAAGAUCUUAUGGACGCUGGGCUUGCUGAGACGCUCUGGACAUUUGAACAGAAAUACAGGAAGCUCUCGUGAAUAGAAAACACAUUUUCGAGAAACAAAACUGGGAAUACAACAUGAAUACAGUAGAGUUAAUCCACCAAAUGAGUACGUUUUGCAUCCCUUUGAUAUUUUAAUUAGAAAUUGUGCUCAAAUAUUCUGUUUUAAAAGCCUGUUAUAAGAAUAAGAUCUCAUAGAAAAUACAAUACAUCUGUGAGAAAGUGCCAAAAUUCUUCAUUUUGACAUGUCCCUCCUGUCCGCACCUUCUGUGAUUUCUAGAAAGAGCUCAACUUAAUUAACCCCAACCUCAAAAGUGUUCACCAUCAUUGUAAAGCCCUAGUUAUUUUGUUGCUUUUUACAAAUUAAUUUCUGAAGAUUAUUAUUUAUUUCAUAUGAUUAGCGAUUCAUCUUAUCACAUGAAACGCCUGUCCCUCAUGUUAAGGUCAACCCUGUUACGUGAACUGAACUCUUGUUUUAAUAUUGUGAAACUAUUCAUAUUUUUUCAAAAGAAACAUUGAACAUCUAAUAUUGAAAUCAUAAUGUAAAAGCA